AUGUCCCGGGGGUGGGGUUCACGGUGUGACGGGGCCGGUGGUGUGGAGCAUUGUCCUGGGUCUCCCGUGAUGAAGAUGAGGAAUCAAAACAGGAUCUUUUGUCUGCUCAUAUCACAGUCCUUCUUCUCCCAUCUUUCCAGUGUCCCUGAACGCCUCACGAGUCAGCAGGGGAUGUGGAGCUCCUCAUGUUUCUUUCAUGGGUUUGGCUCUACGCUCCCCUGUGUGUCUGAGUCUAUUAUGAUCGCUCUGAUGACACUGAACCCAGAGAAAUGA